AUGUUCGACGAGUCAGUUGUAUUCUUCAUCGAUGUUGUCGAUAACGGAAACUUCAAAUUCACUCGCAACUGGAUCGAAAUGGUCCCAGUUGAUGAUUCGGCUGAUUUCCAAUUAUGUAUUGAUGCAAUCAAAGACCAAGAUGUAUCAGUGAAGAAAUUAGCCAUACAAAUCGUGAUCAGGUUUUUCGAUGACUUUCCGGACAAAGGAGCGGUAGCUUUAAACACGUUGAUGUCACAGCUGAAGGAUCCAAACAUUGAGGUGCAAAAGCUCGUCAUCAAGGUGCUUCCGUCCACAUGUUCUCUCCAUGAAGAUUACGUUGACCAGGUUGGAGAUGUUCUCGCCCAGCUAUUGAGCAUUUCUGAUAAACAAGAGUCGUUGUUAGUAAGGAAAUCAUUGUAUUCCAUACUAGUGAAAUAUCCGAAAGCAACUGUUUUGGCAAUAUACAAGGCAGUAACGAAAGCUGAGAGCAAUGAGGACAAACUCAUAAUGCUGCAGUUCAUGGACGAAAAAGUUGUCCGCAUUCAUGGCGAACUGACACCUUUCAUGAAGGAGCUAAUUGCUGAGGUCUACCGCAAAAUGUUGGUCUCCUCAACACCCGAAGAAGUCGAAGUAAUACUUCGGUUUAUUGCAAAAUCACGGCAAAUCACGGAACAUGAGAAGCAAUUGACGUUCAGGGCUGCAAUGAGCUCACUUGUGGAAGAGGGAGUCAAACUAGAUCAGGUUCAGACGUUUUUACAGAGAAAGGACAUCGCAGAUUGCUACGAACUCAAUGAAAUUGUGAAAAAUGUCGUGAAAAUUGUGUUAAUUUUGCAUUCCGUCGAUCGGUCAUAUAUCAUGCCGGCAAAGAUGACUGAUUAUUUGUUUUCCAAGUUUGAUAAGCUACACAGAAUUCAUUCUUCUGAUAGAAAGGACAUAAUGAAGGAUAUGCUCCCCAUUCCCAGUGUCUCAGGUGCCAUCUUGGAUAGUGAUUAUGUUAAAGAGGACAGUAAGAAUGAAUGGGACAUCGAGUUCUCAGAAUUAGAACUUGUUUCAAUCGUUGUCUACAACAUCCUACAACGAAGUCCGGUUAUUGCUGAAAAACUGUUAUCUAUGAGCGGCGUUUGGAAACCUCGAUUCCAAUAUCUUGUAAACGUCAUACGAGUGUACACUCGGUGUCUGAAGAAGAAAUUGGACAAUGAAGCUGAGACCGAAGAAGAAGAUAAUACGAUGAAUAUCAAACUGCUGAGAGCAGCGAAUAAUGUCGGUUUAAUAGCGAAUUGUUUUCUUGUCAACAUAUGUGACCUUCAUGUGAAGAUCUUACCGUCCUGGAUCGUUCGCAAGCGGCGAGUAGCACCCAACUUUCUUAAUGUGCAAUCAGAUCUCCUUUCUAAACGAAACGUUGCUGGACACGUUCCUUACGGUUCAGUGUUGUGA